AUGAUCGUGAAAGCAUCGAGAAAUGGAUAUUUUUCUGAGAAAAACAGUGAGUGCCCAGUCACUAAACAAGUCAUCUCCGAUUCCGAUUUGACGCCGAACAUCACUCUCCGACGACUGAUCCAAUCAUGGUGCGCCCUAAACGCCUCCUAUGGCAUUGAAAGAUUCCCAACACCAAAGCCCCCGAUCAACAAAGCCCAGAUGGCGAAGCUUCUCCGUGAUGCCAAAUCUCCACAAUUACAAAUGAAAUGUCUCGAAAAACUGAAAUCACUAGCUUCUGAAAGUGAGGCAAACAAACGUUGCAUGGAAGCCACGGGAGCCGUAGAGUUCUUAGCUUCAAUCAUAAACAACACCAACGAAUCAUCAGUGUCAGAAGAAUCAGAAGAUGGGUUUGAUCCCAAAAAAGCCAGUGAUGAAGCCCUAAUUAUUCUCUAUUAUUUUGAAUUAUCAGAUGCUGGACUCAAGGCUCUCUCCGGCCAAAAUGCUGAGGAGUUUGAAACCAGAAUUAUUUGUUCAAUUAGUCCAAGUCCUGAAGGAUCAGAUCUCUCACAAAGCCACCAAAAAUAUACUGAAACUACUGAUCAACGUUUGUCCAUGGGAAGAAACAGAGUCAAAACAGUCCAAGCCGGCACAGUGCCAGAAUUGAUUGAUCUUUUACCCGAAGCCCAUGAGAAAAGGGACUGUGAAAUGAUACUAGUGGUGUUGGAUCAUCUGUGCCAGUGUGCAGAGGGAAGAGCCGAGUUGUUGAACCAUGGAGCUGGGUUAGCAAUUGUGUCAAAGAAGAUACUUUGGGUUUCAAAGAUGGCAACUGAAAGGGCUGUAAGGAUUCUAGUUUUUGUUUCGAAGUUUUCUGCAACUCCCAGUGUUCUUCAAGAGAUGCUGACUCUGGGUGUAGUGGCAAAGCUUUGCCUGGUGCUUCAAGUGGAUUGUGGUAGCAAGACCCAGGAAAAAGCUAGAGAGAUCCUUAAAUUGCAUGCCAAUGCAUGGAAGAACUCUGCUUGUAGAAUCCUUAAAUAUUAA